AUCCAUAUGUGUGAUUGGCUCACUGAGGAGUCGCUCUCUUUUCCCCGAUCCGCUUCAGCACUUUGCCACAGAGCGACCGAGUAGCCUACGUUACACAGCACAGCAGCAAUGAUAGGCUAUGCAUUGCAGGACAUCCAGUAGCUGGCUAAGGAAUUAUUGGAAAACAAAACACCAAAAAGAAAUGUGAGCAAAAGUGAACGAAUGAUGUGUGGUCUCUGUAAGAUGCACAGCUGAGGAAGCGGCACCAUGGAAACAAAUGAUGCACCUGUGCAAUAUGACGAUAGAGCCGAUGCUUGCGUGGUCUCCGUUAAGGGCUUAACUGAGAACUGGCAAAAGUGGUCUACUGAACACCAGCAAUACCAAAAACACAAUCCUUUCAGCAAUGACACAGCUACAGUCACUGUGCAGCUUCACCGUGGCCAAGAGGGCUAUGGUAAACCACCGGAGGGCUCCAAGACGGAGCAAAGAGGCAAAGACGCUCAGUCUCACAUCUGCAGAGAGGUGGAGGAACUGAGUUCAGUGAUUAAGGAAAUUGGCCGCCCCCGCGAAGAGGACGGGAAAAUCACGGUGGAGUUUGGAACGCUGUUUGAGCAUUAUGUUACCAUCUCCAACAAAUUAGUUGGCGUCCUGCUGCGCGCGCGGAAACAAGGGCUGGUCCACUUCGAAGGAGAGAUGCUUUGGCAGGGACGUGAUGACCGCCUAAUCAUUACACUACUCCAAUGAACACGAAUAUGUAUGGCCUAAAGUUGUGAAAAUGCACAACGUAUUCUGAUAUAUAAGAGAUUACAGGUUGCAUCUCAAGAAUGAAAGUUAUAGAAUGAAUUGAUAGGUCAGGUAGCACACGUUUUGAAUAAUGCAAUGCUUAAGUAAAAUUCCUUAAAGUAUUAAAACAGCAGAACAAGCUAUGUAUGACAAAUAUGGUGCUUAAGAAAAGUGUCCUGUGAGAAAAUUCCAGAAUAAUCUUGAGAGAACUCUUUAACAUAUUGCCAACAUCACAGUAGUGGGAAAAGAAGUUCAUGUCUUUAGAAGUUGUCAAUUCUUGUUUGACUGUUUUGAAAUAAAUGUAUUCAUAACCAUGUCUGCAAUACAUCAGUUUCUAUUGUACUGACUUUCACUGUACUGAUGGGAUCACUGCAUUGCCAAAUUUCACACUGCAUUCAGUUGUGCAAUAUUA